AUGCCAGCAGAACGCGCGGGAUACUCUGUAACCAUGUUUCUCGUCGAUUUGUCCCCCUCUAUGGGGGCGACGAGGACGGUGGAGCAAGCCCCUGGACCUGACGGCGAGUCGAGAAACGUUGAAAUGUCUAAUUUGGAGUGGGCGUUGCAGUUUGUGAAGCUGAAGAUACAAGAAAUGAUAUAUAAUGGACGCAAGACCGACCAGUGUGGUGUGAUAGUGUUUGGCUCCGAAGGAACGGAUAACAUAAUCAACGAGAAACACGGCGGAUACGAACAUGUGUCUGAGUACAUCCCAAUAUGCACCCCGAGCGCGAAAACGCUUGCGGAGUUGGACAAGUUGAAGCCUUCGGAGACUGCGGGAGACGCCAUCGACGGUCUGAUAGUCGGAAUUGAAACGCAAGAUAAUUAUCUUCAGAGGAAGCCUACCUGGACGCGAAAAAUAGUCAUUGUCACAGACGGUGCAUCUCCAUUGGAGAUCGAAGACUGGGAAGCGACUGUCAAGAGAAUGUCAAUCUUAGCUGUUUCCCUGACUAUCGUUGGUGUAGAUUUUGAUGACGACGAAUUACCGUAUCAUGAAGAGGACAAACCUGCGAUCAAGCGCGCAAAUGAAUCUUUUUAUGCACAACUUGUGUCUGCACUUCCAAACAACCUUGGACUCAUGGGCACGCUGGAACAUGCACUUCUUUCCCUCACAUCCCCAAGUAUCAAAGAAACCAAAUCUGCACUGGCUUCAAACACACUAAGAUUGGGCGACGUGGAAGCUAGGAAAGAUGAGGCCCUUGAAAUUAGCGUUAAGGUUGCUAAGUGCACAAACUUGGCGAGAGCUGGCGGAUGGAAACGGUUUUUCGGUACUCCCAUCAAGGGUGCGGAUGAGGACGACGAAGAUGACAAAGGCAAGGUAGUAUUCAGGGAGCUGAAGAGACAUACGGAAUAUGUCAUCGACAGCGCACAGAUUGAAGGUGAUGGCGACAGCAAGAGAGUAGCCUCAGCCGACUUCGAUGAGGACGAAGAACAAGAGGGUAAAGGCGAUCGUCGCGUUGAAAAGGUCGAGAAGGAGCAACUCGUCCUCGGCUACAAAUACGGGUCGACAUACGUUCCUUGUCCAGAUGGUCAUUUCCCGAAACUUCAAACCCAACAGGGUAUUGAUAUCUGCGGUUUUUUCCCGAAGAAAAACUUCAAUCGCUCCUACCCACUUUCUGAGGUCUACUAUGUCUUCGCCGACCCGACCUCAGCACCUGACCAAAUCGCGUUCUCCUCCGUCGUUCAAGCGAUGUUCGAAAAGGGUUUUCUUGCAAUUGCCCGGAUGGUGAGAACUGAUGGAUCAGAACCGAAGAUGGGUGUGUUGUCCCCAACGGUAUGGCCGAAGGUGGACUUAUUUCUGUGGGUGCAACUGCCCUUUGCGGACGACAUCAGACACUACACGUUUCCAUCACUAACCACUCUCACGUCACGAACCGGAGAACGUAUCACCAAGCAUCCCUACCUCCCUACUGAGGAACAGCUCGAAGCAAUGGGCCAAUUUAUUGACGAUAUGGACCUAUCCGAUGCCGGUGAGAAGGAUGAAAAAGGAGAUCGACAACCGUGGUUUGACCCUCGCCUUUCUUACAACCCUGCUAUACACCGGACCAAGCAGGCUCUCUUCCAUGCUGCGUACUUUGAACCCCCUAAGCGCGUGCUCAAGCGGGCGAAGCAAUCCCUCGAAACGUGCAAGGAGGUGUUCAAGGUCAAAGAAGUUCCAAAGAAAGCGCCAAGAGCACGGAAGGAUGGUCACGUCUGCGCAGCAGACGAAGACGAGGAUAUGAUCCUUCUCGACCGCAAAAGUCCUGCAAAGAAGCGGCCAUAUGCCUUGAAACCCACACCUUCCCCGGCCGGCCCAUCGCAAGUACCUAAAAAGCGGAAUGCCUCAGACUCAGAAACAGAGUCCGAGUCUGAAGGCGAAGGAUCGCCACUCUCCAAGGCUAUUCCCAGGGGCAGCCCUGGUCUGCCUACGCCGACUGCCUCGCCAGGACCUGAGUUGAACCCACAGCGUGCUCCUGGGCGCAUCAUUGGUAACACGUUCCCGUUGAAAGAUUUCCGUACGAAUCUUUCACGCGGAGAUGUCGUUACGAAGGCCGUGGAAGACAUGGGUACGGUGAUAAGGGAGAUUGUGGAGCGGCCAUUUGCAUGGAGAAGGAAAGAUGAGAUGAUAGAGUGCCUUCGUGUCUUGAGGGACACGUGCUUGAAGGAGGACGAGGUCGAUGCCUGGAAUGAUAUUUUGAAGGGUUUAAAGAACGAUUGUUCCGCGGAGACGGGAAACAAGGCGUUCUGGUCUGAGCUGAAGAAGUUGGGACGCAGUAUCAGCCUCAUCAGUUCAUCGGAGGCAGAGGAACUUGGCGGGAUCUCUCAGGUGUCUGAGUCCGCUGCCGAAGCAUUCAUGCAAAGGUGA